GCCAUCGAGGCUGCCGGCCGCGGCUGCGACGCAGAAAUUGCCGCCGCCUCGUCUCCCGCCGCCGCUGCCGCCGCUGGCGCGGCGGCGGCCGCCGUGGCUGACGCUGCUGCGGCCCCGGCUGGCGCCGCGGCUGCAGCCGCUUCCCAGCCGCUGGCUGGCGCGGGAGACGCCGCUGGAUCCCCGCUCAGUGCGCGCGAAAGCGGGCUGGGCGCGCCAGAUCUGGAGAACAUCUGGGACGCCGCGGGGCCCCCAGCCGAGGAUAGCAUGCUGGCGACCACGGGGCGCGCCCUUCCGACCGCUGGAGCCUUGUCGACGUUCGCGGGUUUGACGGCGAACGGCUCGAUCAACGACGACGCGGCGGGCCUGGAAGUUGGGGCGGAGACGAUCGACGGCGCGGAGGGCAUCAACGACUGCGAAAUGGAGGAGAUGGAGGAGGUCACGGAAGAGACCGCCGAGGAGGUGGCGGAAGAGACCGUCGAGGAAAUGUCCGAGGACAUCUCCGAAGGGGCCGUCGAGGAUGGACCCCUGCCGCGAGCGCCCGAGAACGAGCUGAGCGCGCAGGACAACCCUGAACCACACACCGAUACCGAUGCUCAACACAAGACGGUCGCGAACGCGUCGGGCGCCGACGAGAAGGCGUUUGAGGUUGAGGGCGAGAUAGCGGUGGAGGCGGCGGGAGGCGGGGACGUCGCCGCGGAGCAGGAGGUGGCGGAGGUCGGGAUGGACUUCGACGGCACGGAGGGCGACGAGAAGGUCGUCGAGGAGACGUUCGAGGAGGUCUUCGGGGAGGCGGAGGUGAAGGAGGAGGUCGCCAGGGAGGUCUUCGAGGAGGUCCACGAGGAGGCGGAGGUCCGGAAGGACGAAUUGACCGACUCCGCCCGGAGCGAUCGGACGCUCUACCCCGCGUCCCCGCCACGAGCGCUCGAGGGCGACCCGGACGCGCAGGGCCCCGCCAAUCCCCGCCAACCCCCACGCAGCACGAACGCGGACGCGUCGGGCGCCGACGGGAAUGCGUUCAAGGUUGGCAGCGAUGUUGCAGCGGCAGCGAUGGACGGCGGGGACUUCAGCGUGGAGGUAGAGGAGACUGCGAGGGAGGCAGAGGAGGCGAAGGAGCAGGAGGCGGCGGAGGUCAGGAGGAACGUCGAAGGCACGCAGGGCGGCUACGGUCAGGAGGCGGGGGUCAAUGAUGUCGGGAGGAACGGGAGCGCCCGCGAGAAGGGCGACGUCACGCACGAAGAGCGCGUGCUCCUCACG